UUUCAGUUGUCACCGAUAAUAGUUGUUGCAGUUCUUGCAUGCCAACAUGAGUAGUCAACGAGGAAAUGUCCAAAGGACUAGGGGACAAAAACAUCAAAAUUCAUCUGCGUUUAAGAACACAUUACAUGACAAGAGCAAGAAGACCCAGGAUAUGAAUUCGAUGGCACUAUUUAAUAUGUGUGCCCGCUGCCAGGACAUCAUUCAGUGGAAGAUCAAGUUCAAGAAGUACAAACCUUUGUCUGUACCACGAAAAUGUGUGAAGUGUCAGGAAAAGACUAUUAAGAGGGCAUAUAUGAUCAUCUGUGAUCCAUGUGUCAGUGGGACUGGUGUGUGUGCAAAAUGUGGCAAAAAUGCUGGCAUUGUUGUUCGACAGGAGGAUGCUCAGUUACAACCUAGUUUAGAAACCAUGUUCAGGGACCAGAUCAAAUGUCUGUCAGAAAGAAGGAGGCGAACAUUCCUAAGAUACCUCAACAAGCUUCAGUCUACAUCCUCUGUGCAAGAUGGUAAAGAGGAUGCCAUGGCCAAAGCAGAAGAGAAAUUGAAGGAGCUGAAGCUGUCAGUUGAUGAAGACUUGGAAAGCUUGACCUCUCAUUCGGAAGAGUCUGAAAAUGAUCCCUAAUUGAUUACUCCUUUUGCAUUCAUCAAUUGUGAUAUGCAUCAAAUCCAAAUAGAUGUUUGUUUUUCCUUUUGAUUGAAAUUCUGGUCUUUAACCUAACCUGAAAGAAAUGCAGCUACAACUCCCACCUCUGUAACUACAGGGUGUAUCCUAAGUCCAUACUCAUGGGUAUUUUGAAUUAAUUAAAUUUAUCAAUGAAUGAGUGCACCAAAUUUAGUUCAGAGGUAUGAAGAAAUAUUCAGAGGGAGUUACCUGCCAGAUUUGAUAUGUGUAUGCAAGUUCAUGGUAUACAAUUUGAACAUUUAAUGAAAUGAAGGUAAAGAGUGAAAUCUGCAUAUUAGUCCAGACUUUGAUAUACCCUGUACUCCUGCACCAUAUGGCAUGACUUUAAUUUGAAAUAUUCCAUUAGAUGAAUUCCUC